AUUAGUUAUGUAAGGAAAGUUGUGCAAUUUCGUAAACCUUGAAGCAACCACGAUUACUUGCACCACCGGUGGUAAGGCGUCGAUUGGUGACGUUAUGUUCAAUAUCGUCCGAAGUAGCAGAAGAAGCCGCGUCAUCGCCUCACCCUUGUACUCCCUUUGCAGUCGCUCUCUCCACAGUGAGAGUGAAGUGGUUAAACCUGAGAGGAUGGUCGGGAAGGAUGACAAGCAAGUAACUCGUGUUCUGUUUUGUGGCCCGCAUUUUCCUUCUUCUCACAAUUACACUAGAGGAUACCUGCAAAAGUACCCUUUUAUUCAGGUUGAUGUUGUCCCUCUUUCUGAUGUUCCUGACGUUAUAAAGAACUAUCAGAUGUGUGUGGUGAAGACGAUGAGGUUGGAUUCAAAUGUUAUAUCCCGUGCCAGCCAGAUGAAGCUUAUCAUGCAGUAUGGUGUUGGUCUUGAAGGUGUUGACAUCGAUGCUGCAACUAAGCACGGGAUUAAAGUCGCCAGAAUCUUGAGUGAUGGUACUGGAAAUGCAGCAUCUUGCGCUGAAAUGGCUAUGUAUCUGAUGCUGGGCCUUCUUAAGAAACAGAAUGAGAUGCAGAUUUCUGUGAGGGACAGACUACUUGGGCAACCGGCCGGUGAAACGCUACUCGGUAAAACUGUAUUUAUCUUGGGAUACGGAAACAUUGGAAUAGAGCUGGCCAAACGCUUGCAGCCAUUCGGAGUGAGAGUUUUAGCCACUAAACGAAGCUGGGCUGCCUCUCCGAACUCCGAGGCAAGCCUGGUUGAUGAGAAAGGUAGGCAUGAAGACAUUUAUGAGUUUGCAGGCAAGGCUGAUAUAGUUGUCGUUUGUUUGACACUGAACAAAGAUACGGCUGGAAUUGUGAACAAGAAAUUCAUAUCUUCGAUGAAAAAGGGUGGGCUUCUGGUAAAUAUUGCCAGAGGAAACCUCAUAGAGUACGAGGCAGCUUACCAGAAUCUGGAAUCGGGUCAUCUGGGAGGCUUAGGUAUGGACGUGGCAUGGUCUGAACCGGUGGAUCCAGACGACCCGAUUUUUAAGUUCAACAAUGUCAUUGUCACACCUCAUGUGGCUGGAGUCACCGAACUUUCAUAUAGGUCCAUGGCCAAGGUUGUUGGAGAUGUGGCUCUUCAGUUGCAUGAAGGACGUUCCAUUACGGGUAUCGACUUUGUCAAUUGAUGAGAUCAUUCUCUCACCCACACAACUCUUGUCUUUGAUUCUUGGAUCAUACUUGUCCACCGUACUGGGUCGGAGAGCUUUUUGGUACAGAGAAUGCCAAUCUCAAGAACCCUAAUCAUGGUCUCUUCCACAAGGCUUCCUUGUCCAAUUCCUUUUGAAGGUCAAGUCGAUCUUGUUGAAGGACAAAUCAAUGGAACCCAUCGAGACUCCCUCGUUUUAGUUAGUUAGAAAUGAGGUCGACAUAUUUCUUCUUAUUGUGUCCCUACCGUAUCAGUGUGGUUAUGAUGAUGAAGCACAUGCAUGAUGCAUCCGUUCAUAUUAGUCUGUGUUGUGUCGGUCCACGCAUGUCCCUUUUCCUUAUUAUAUUUCUGGAUUCCAUCCAUUUUCCAAACUGUCUCCGGACCAGUCAUUAUGAGAACCCAAUUCAUUUCAUAUGUAUGUUCACAUUCAUGUGUGCGCGUGUAUUAUAGACAUGUAUCGUUGCAAGUGCUUUCAUAUAAAAACUCGGUCGGACCACCCUGGGUUUCUUUU